UCACGCUAAGUGAUAGCAGGCUAAAUAGCAAGAUAAGUCCACAUCCAGCCAAAAAAGAAGAACAUAUUCUUAGUAGUGAUGAAUUAUCUGAUUCAUCUGAGUCUGAGAAUACUAAUAACACGGAGGAGUCAGAUUCUGAUAAAUCUAGUGAAGCAUCCAGCUCGGAAAUUUUAUCAGAAAUUAUCGACCUGAAUGAAUUUGAAAAUCUAGGCAAACAAAAAGGAAAAGGCACUCAAUUGAAGAAAUUAGAAAGGUUGCAAGAAGAAAAAGGAAAUGAGGAAGUAGUCAAAACACUUAAGGACCUCAUAGACCAGAUAGCAACUAUUAAUUCUAAUUUUGAAAGAAUUAAGAAAAUGAGUGAUAAAGAGGCACAAACGCAUGUCGAUAAAAUGAAAAAUAUCGACAUACUAUCACAAAAUCUUAAAGAAACUAAGUCACAUGAAACACCACAAGAAAAACUAUUUGAAAUUAUACAAUGGUAUGAUCAACAAACUGAUGAAACACAGAGAACUUAUAACAAAGAUUUAGAAAAUGAAGAAACACAAUAUAUCGAGAAUACAGACAAUGCUCUCAAUAUAAGACCAGAACAAUAUAUAAAUCUAAAAGAACCUUAUAGAAGAGCUGUUAUGGUUAAGCUGACUGCAAUAGCCAAUACAACUGAAGAUAAAAAGUUUCAAGAAGAACAAGACAAAGUUAUAGGUCAAGUUCUUGAACAGUGGGAUAGAAAUGACCCGACAAGAACGUUGCCUAUAACUGGAGAACCUUUUACUAAAGGAGGUGAUGUAACCAUAUAUAACAUACAAGCAUUAAAACUACUACCACCACUUAGUAAACCUGCUAAGAAAAGCAAUUGGUCAUUUGUACCUAGAUGGGAUUACAAUGACUCACCUAAGAAAGAACCUUUACUGAAAACAGUAGUAAAAGACAAUGCUGCAAAACAAACAACUAAUGCAGGAGGCACACCACCUGCGAAACCAAAAAAUAAUCAGUACGGCUACAAUACUGAUGAGAUAAUGAAUCUAGAACAAUCAUACUAG